AUGCGGUCAGUUGUUGCAGUCGCUGAAGAGGGGUCUUUUACGCGGGCUGCGGCGCGGGAGAAUGCGACCCAGUCUGGAAUUUCACAGCAUGUCGCGGCCGUUGAGGAUGUCCUGGGAAUUCGGCUUUUCGAGCGGACAAGCGACGGUGUGCUUCUGACACCUGCCGGAAACCGGUAUUAUCAGAAAGUGCUGGCGGUCUUGCGCGGUGCCGAGGAGGCGAUCAUUGAUGCCCGGAACCGGCGGGAUACGCUUUCAGGCGUCGGGCACGCCGGGAUCAUGCCGGUGCUUGCCCGCGCAGCUCUUGCGCCGGCACUGGAUCACAUGGCCUGUCACCAUCCCGAUGUGUCGAUCCACAUCAUCGAGGGCUAUAGCGGUGCGUUGACAGACAGUGUCAAGGCGGAAGAGCUUGAUUUUGCGAUUGUUCCCGCCUUCGGAGGCGCUGUGGGCCUGAAUGUGCGCCAUCUUGCACAGGACCGGGAAAUGAUAGUUGGCGGGGUUCAAAGUGGAGUCGUGCACGGCAAGCCGGCGCGCCUGCAGGAUCUUGCCCCCUUGAAGCUGGUUACGCCUUCAAGCAUCAACAUUCGCAAGACACGCAUCGAGGAGUAUCUCGCUACCCAUUCGAUUCGCGUGGAACGGAUCAUGGAACUUGAUGCAAUGCUCGGCACGCUCGAUUUUGUCGCCCGCUCGGACUGGGUCACGAUCCUGCCGGGCGUCAUUUGUGCCCCGGACAGGGACGGAUCGGUGCGCCGGAUCGCCCCGCUGGACCAGCCGCCGCUCUUCCUGGAAUUCGUCCAGAUCGAACCUGCCCGCCGCCCGCUGUCUGCACAGGCACAGGUUUUUCUGGAAGAGUUGAAGAAGGAAGUCGCCAAACUCGUUGCGCGGUAA